AUGUCACUGCGGCAAAUGCAAGGGAAAUUAGUUGAUCCUCGUACAAAAGCGAGACAUGAUGAUGAAUUUUCAUCACAAAUUCCUACUAUGGAUACAAGUCAAGAAGUUUAUGAAGACAUCGAUACUAAUGAAUCAUCACAUUCGGUAUCGAGUGUUAAAAAUGAAGCUUUGAUGCAAGAUGUCAAACGGUCUGUUGAUAUAGAAGAAGUUCAGGAUAUAACAGAUGGCAAUUCAUAUGACAAUAUUGAUUUUGACUUUUACUUCAAGAACGUAUUUCAAGAUAUACAAAACUUUCUGCAAAUUUUGACGUUAAUGUUUUUGAGCAAUCUGAAUCUGAGCCUGAACAAAGCACUGAUAAUGAUAGUGACGAUUCGGUAA